UCCCGGGUCGAGAACCCCCUGCACCCCGCGGCCAACGGGAGGCGAAGAAAACGUGYCCGCGCCCUUUGGGAACAGCUGGUUCUCCCGCGGUGGCUGUGCCCGGGGGUGGGUGGAAAGGAGGGGAGGGGCCCUAAAACCCCCAUCCGAGGGUCGGAGAAGAGAAACGCGGGUCAACGCUAAAGGCUCGUGGUCGCCGCCUGUGCUGGCUGACGCCGUCUGUCCUGGGUACCUAUGGAGCCCGCUGCCUGCCUGCGCCCCUGCUCGCCAGCCUCCUUUCUCCUCUCCUUCCUCGACCUGUUGGCACUGGUCUCAGCCCAGUUUACUGUCGUGGGGCCGGCUGAGCCCAUCCUGGCCAUGGUGGGAGAAAACGCCACCUUACACUGCCACUUGUUGCCCGAGAAAAGCGCCGAGGACAUGGAGGUGCGGUGGUUCCGGUCUCAGUUCUCCCCCGCGGUGUUCGUGUAUAAGGGCAGGCGAGCGAGAACAGAGGAGCAGAUGGAGGAGUAUCGGGGAAGAACCACCUUCCUGAGCAGGGACCUCAGCAAGGGCAGUGCGGCGCUGGUCAUACGCAACGUCACGGCCCAGGAGAACGGCGUCUACCGCUGUUACUUCCAGGAGGGCAGGUCCUACGACGAGGCCAUCCUGCGCCUCUUGGUGGCAGGCCUGGGCUCUAAGCCUCUCAUUGAAAUGAAGGGCCAUGAAGAUGGGGGCAUCCUACUGGAGUGCACAUCUGGAGGGUGGUACCCAGAGCCCCACGCGGUGUGGAAGGACCCCUAUGGUGGGGUCAUGCCUGCGCUGGAGAAGGCUUACACGGUUGACAAAGACGGCCUGUUCACAGUCACCUUGGCUGUGAUCAUCAGAGACAGCUCCAUGCGGAACACAACCUGCUCCGUCAACAACACUCUGCUGGGCAGGGAGAUGGAAAGUGUGAUCUUCAUUCCAGAAUCCUUCAUGCCCAGGAUAUCUGCCUGGAUGGUGGCCCUGGCUGUCACCCUUCCCCUUCUGAUCCUCCUCCUGUUCGGGAGUGUYAGUCUCAUCAAGAAACUCCACAGGAAAAAAAAGAUUCUGUCAGCGGAAAAAGAGAGAGAACAUGAAGAGAAAGAAGCCACAUGUAAGAAACUGAUGGAAGAAUGUAUGGAAAAAGAGGAAGAACGCCAAGCAAAAGAGCAACUUCAGGAGGAACUGCGAUGGAGGAGAACSCUCUUACAUGCUGCGGACGUGGUCCUGGACCCCGACACGGCUCACCCCGAGCUCUUCCUGUCAGAGGACCGGAGAAGCGUGUGGCGGGAGGCCUCCCGGCAGAGCGUGCCCGACAACCCCGAGAGGUUCGACUGCAGGCCGUGCGUCCUGGGCCGCGAGAGCUUCUCCUCCGGGCGCCAGUUCUGGGAAGUGGAGGUGGGCCGCGCCAUGGUGUGGGCCGUGGGCGUGUGCGCCGACGGCGUGGAGAGGAAGGGGGACGCCCUGCUGCUGCCCCAGAAUGGCUUCUGGACCCUGGAGAGGUUCGGCCACCAGUACCGGGCCCUGUCCUCGCCCGAGAGGACCCUCCCUCUGGGGGAGCUCCUCGAGCGCGUGGCCGUCUUCCUGGACUGCGAAGCCGGAGACGUGUCCUUCUACAACAUGAGAGACAGGUCCCACAUCUACACCUGUCCGCGCUCCACCUUCUCCGGACCUCUGAGGCCCUUCUUCAGGCUGGGUUCCGAUGACGGCCCCCUCUCCAUCUUCCCAGUGUUCACAGGGGCCCGGGGGGCCACCGUUCCCGAGGAUGGCCUGAUCCUGCACAACCCAGGGACCCCUAGGAGGGGUGUCUCAUAGGGCCAAUUCCUUGGCCUCAGUGCCUUGUCCACUACCCUAAGGCACCCUGGGGAAUACAGUCCUCCUCCCCCUGGUCCCCUGAGAACUCAGCUCCCCUGCCUCCUCCUCCUUAGGCCCACCCCAGUGCUGUCACAGGCCGGGCUGCUGGUGAGUACAGGCAGGGCCCCGGGCUCGCGAACUAAGCUCCUGGCCAAGAGCAAAGUGUAAGAGGCUAAAGGACAGAAAACCUGUGGCUUCAGCAUCAAGGUGACAAGGCUGAGCCCGACACUCCAGACACUGGGCAGUUGGGGCAAGGGCCAUAGGAUGCACCAGGAUGUAAGAGGAAGGAGGGACCACAGAUGGCCACCCAGRUGGCCCAGGAACAAGAGAGCUGGGUGGGGUGAGGUUAAGCCCCGCCCUGACACCCAUGGCCCCUGGAGCUGAUGGCAUUCCCACCCCACUCCAGGAUUUCCAGACCACACAAGGACGCCCACACCACAUAUCYGCAGGCCUGGACCUGGAUGAGGAGGAAUGAAGGACAGUAGUUCCUUUGGURGGUCUGGYUCAGGAGUCGGUGCAGCAACCCAGRAGCUGUACUCAGUCUUUGAUGAGGGGAUGAGGUCCCGCUGAGCAGGUGACCCAAUCCACCACAGGGCUCAGGGCAAGUGGGGACAGCAGCUGUUUCAAGCUUCUUGGUCUCAGGAUGACUUUAGACACUUAAAAAUUAUUGAGGAACCCAAAGAGCUUUUGUUCUUUUGGCUUAAUAUCUGCUAUUAUUUAUGGCAUUUGAGACUGAAACUGAGAAAUUUAAAAAGUGUAUUUAUUAUUAAAACAACAAGAAUAAACCAACUAUAGGUAAUCAUAAACAGCCUCUCUUAAGAAAAAUAACUUACUUCCUAAGCAAAAAUAGAUUUUAUUGAGAAUUGUGGAAUUAUU